AUGAGUGUCGUCUGUGUGAUCAGUGUGAUCCGUGUUAUGAUUGUGGUGUGUGUGAUGAGUGUGGUCCGUGUGAUCAGUGUGGUCUGCGUGAUCAGUGCGAUCGCUGUGGUCUAUAUGGUCUGUGUGGUCUGUGUGAUGAGUGUGAUCUGUGUGAUGAGUGUGGUCUGUUUGAAGAGUGUGGUCUGUGUGAUGAGUGUGGUCUGUGUGAUGAGUGAUCUGUGUGAUCAGUGUGGUCUAUGUAAUCAGCGUGGUCUGUUUGAUGAGUGUGAUAUGUGUGAUCAGUGUGGUCUGUGUGAUCGGCGUGGUCUGUUUGAUCAGUGUGAUCUGUGUGAUGAGUGUGGUCUGUGUGAUGAGUGUGGUCUGUGUGAUCAGUGUGAUCAGUGUGGUCUAUGUGAUCAGCGUGGUCUGUUUGAUGAGUGUGAUAUGUGUGAUGAGUGUGGUCUGUGUGAUCAGCGUGGUCUGUGUGAUCAGUGUGGUCUGUGUGAUCAGUGUGAUCUGUGUGAUCAGCGUGGUCUGUGUGAUCAGUGUUGUCUGUGUGAUGAGUGUGGUCUGUGUGAUCGGCGUGGUCUGCUUCAUGAGUGUGACCUAUGUGGUCUGUGUGACAAGUGUGAUCACUGUGGUCUUUGUGGUCUGUGUGAUCAGUGUGAUCUGUGUGAUCUGUGUGCUCAGUGUGGUCUGUGGUAUGAGUGUCGUCUGUGUGAUCCGUGUGAUCUGUGUUAUGAUUGUGGUGUGUGUGAUGAGUGUGGUCUGUGUGAUCAGUCUCAUCUGUGUGAUCAGCGUGGUAUGAGUGUCGUCUGUGUGAUCCGUGUGAUCUGUGUUAUGAUUGUGGUCUGUUUGAUGAGUGUGGUCUGUGUGAUGAGUGUGAUCUGUGUGAUAUAUGUGAUGAGUGUGGUCUGUGUGGUCUGUGUGAUCAGUGUGAUCUGUGUGCUCAGUGUGGUCUGUGUGAUCAGUGUGAUCUGUGUGCUCAGUGUGAUCUGUGUGCUCAGUGUGGUCUGUGUUAUGAUUGUGGUCUGUGUGAUGAGUGUGAUCUGUGUUAUGAUUGUGGUCUGUGUGAUGAGUGUGAUCUGUGUGAUGAGUGUGGUCUGUGUGAUCAGUGUGAUAUAUGUGAUCAGUGUGAUCAGAGUGGUCUAUGUGAUCAGCGUGGUCUGUUUGAUCUGUGUGCUCAGCGUGGUCUGUGUGAUGAGUGUGGUCUGUGUGAUGAGUGUGAUCUGUGUUAUGAGGGUGGUGUGUUUGAUGAGUGUUGUCCGUGUGGUCUGUGUGAUGAGUGUGGUCUGUGUGAUGAGUGUGUGUUGUCCGUGUGGUCUGUGUGAUGAGUGUGGUCUGUGUGAUGAGUGUGAUCUGUGUGAUGAGUGUGGUCUGUGUGAUCAGUGUGAUCUGUGUGAUGAGUGUGGUCUGUGUGAUGAGUGUGGUGUGUAUGAUGAGUGUUGUCCGUGUGGUCUGUGUGAUGAGUGUGGUCUGUGUGAUGAGUGUGAUCUGUGUUAUGAGUGUGGUCUGUGUGAUCAUCGUUGUCUGUGUGAUGAGUGUGAUCUGUGUUAUGAGGGUGGUGUGUGUGAUGAGUGUUGUCUGUGUGGUCUGUGUGAUGAGUGUGGUCUGUGUGAUGACUGUGAUAUGUGUGAUGAGAGUGGUUUGUGUGAUAAGCGUGGUCUGUUUGAUGAGAAUGGUUUUUGUGAUCAUCGUGGUCUGUUUGAUCAGUGUGGUCUGUGUGAUGAGUGUGAUCUGUGUGAUGAGUGUGGUCUGUGUGAUGAGUGUGGUCUGUGUGAUGAGUGUGAUCUCUGUGAUCUGUGUGAUGAGAGUGGUCUGUGUGAUGAGUGUGGUUUGUGUGAUAAGCGUGGUCUGUUUGAUGAGAGUGGUAGUGUGGUCUGUGUUUGUGAUCAUCGUGGUCUGUUUGAUGAGUGUGGUCUGUGUGAUGAGUGUGGUCUGUGUGAUCAGUGUGAUCUGUGUGAUGAGUGUGGUCUGUGUGAUGAGCGUUGUCUGCUUGAUGAGUGUGACCUGUGUGGUCUGUGUGAUCAGUGUGAUCACUGUGGUCUAUGUGGUCUGUGUGAUCAGUGUGAUCUGUGUGAUUAG